AUUGGCGGGCUCGUUGCCGUAAAGCAGAACUGACUUAGCAUCGGUGGCUAACACUCCACCGGCGAUUAUUUGGGACACCCCGGACCACUUGAGGUCAUUUUCCGCCCUCCGGGUAGCAUUAAACUGUUAUGGCGGAGAAAAAUGAAAACCUAGAGGAGCACCUGGAGAAGUUUGUCGAAAAUAUCCGACAGCUCGGGAUCAUUGUCAGCGACUUCCAGUCCAGCAGUCAAGCGGGUCUCAACCAAAAGCUGAAUUUAAUGAUAACCGGACUGCAAGACAUUGAGAAAUGCCGACAACAGCUACACGAGAUCAACGUACCUCUGGAGGUGUUCGACUGUAUCGACCAGGGCAAAAACCCCCAGCUGUACACCAAGGAGUGUUUGGAGCGAGCCUUGGCAAGGAACGAACAGGUGAAAGGGAAGAUCGACACGCUGACGAAAUUCAAGAGUCUUCUCAUCUCCGAGCUGGGUAAAGUCUUCCCAGAGGAGAUGGCUAAGUACAAGGCCAUCCACGGCGACGAUGCGCCUUCUUAGUGGCUCCCGAGCUUUCUGAACCUGAGACUCCCUGACAUUUGUUCGAAGGGGUUGGACCAAGGAGCACGCUCUGCGGUCGCAACCAAGCUGAGCCGACACGUUCAUUUGGAUGGCUGGACAAACAUGCACAUCCUUGUCCUUGUUGCAUGGACGUUGUAUUAGCAGCUCUUUCCUGAGGCGCUUCUAUUUAUUUAUAUCUUUUGUAUCCAUUCAUACACCUUGUACAGGCCACUGUUGCUCAGGUUUCUAGGCGCCAUCAAUGCAGGCGUUUAACUUCUUCUGACCCCAGCUCUGCAUUUGCAUUAAAGCUUUUCUAUGGAAAUAA